CUUGAAAAACCGGAGCGUUUGAAAAUUGCGGGUGAGGCAACACGGAUGUCAAGAGACUAUACUAUACUGACUUCACCUCUCCGCUCUGGUUUCCGAGAUUAUUUCAAAUAUCGACGAAUUUAUUUACAGCCAUAAUAGGCUUUGAAAUAGUCUUCACUAACAACUCUUUGGAUGAAACCCGGAACGUAAAAAUUAAUGCAUGUGUGAAGCAGCUAGUGAAGAUGUGUCUCCCUGGUAUCUUCAUUGUUACCCUGUUGACCCUCUCAAUUCCUGCUGUCCAUGGUGGGAAAGUCCUGGUGUUUCCUCAAGACGGCAGCCACUGGAUCAACAUGAAGGUCAUUAUUGAAGCGCUGCAUUCAAGAGGCCACAGUGUGUCAGUAGUACGGCCAUCAGACAGUUGGUACAUCAAGGAAACCUCCUCUCACUACAGUUCAAUCACAAUUGAUAUUCCAGGUGGAGCUGAUGAGCAGUUCUUUAGCUCAUUUGUGUCAAGACAAAUACAGAUACAGAAAGAGGGAAAGUCUGCUUGGACUCGUUUUAGUUUGGACAUGGAGUUGAAGGACAGAUUUUCUGAAAUGCACCGCAAAGUGUGUGAGAUGGUAAUCCAAAUGUUAGAGAAUGAACCGUUGAUGCAGUCUAUUAGAGAAACCAAGUAUGACUUGGUUCUGACAGACCCAGCCAAUGGGGGAGGUGUUGUGCUGGCGCACUAUUUAAAUUUGCCCCUUGUUUUCAAUGUUAGAUGGACUAUACAUGGUGAGGCUCAUUUUGCUAUUGCUCCCUCUCCACUAUCGUAUGUUCCAUUUCCUGUUGCAGAGUUAACAGACAAUAUGAGUUUUUUUCAGAGGGUCCGUAACUUCCUAGUUUAUGUCAUCAGGCAGCAUCUGUACAAACAGACAGUGGGGCCUCAUUAUUCCGCUUUGGUUAGUCGUUACUUUGGUCCUGAGGUCGACUACUUCUCAUUGUUUCAAGCUGCUGAUUUAUGGCUCAUGAGAGUUGACUUUGUGUUUGAGUUCCCUCGUCCCACCAUGCCUAAUGUUAUUUAUAUGGGAGGGUUCCAAUGUAAACCUGCCAAGCCUCUUCCCCAAGACCUGGAGGAGUUUGCUCAGAGUUCUGGAGAGCAUGGAAUCAUUAUCAUGUCUUUGGGGACUUUAAUUGGACAACUGCCACAUGAUAUAGCUGAUGAGAUAGCUGCUGCUUUUGCCCACAUGCCUCAGAAGGUAAUCUGGAGGUACAAAGGAGACAGACCAGCUACUCUGGGCAACAACACCUUACUAGUUGACUGGAUGCCUCAGAAUGAUCUGUUAGGACACCCUAAGACGAGGCUGUUUGUAGCUCAUGGAGGAACAAAUGGGAUUUUCGAGGCUAUCUACCACAGUGUUCCAAUAGUAGGCCUUCCUCUGGUGUUCGACCAACCUGACAAUCUUUCUAGAAUGAAAGUGAAGGGUGUAGCAAAGGUUGUGGAUUUAGCAACUCUAGAUAGAAACAUUUUCACCCGAGCCUUACAGGAAGUUCUGAAUGAGCCGUCCUACAGGAUGAACAUGCAGAGACUCUCCUGGCUACACCGGGACGUGCCAAUGGAACCCCUGGACACUGCCCUCUUCUGGAUUGAGUUUGUCAUGAGACACAAAGGUGCUGCUCACCUGCGUACAGAGUCCUACAGAAUGCCCUGGUACUCCUACCACUCUGUAGAUGUAAUGGUAUUUUUACUGGCUGUUGUGUUAUUUACUCUGCUGGCUUUCAUUGCCGUUAUCAGAUGUUUCUGUUGCAGGGCAUGUUUGAAAAUAAAAAUGAAAGAGGAAUGAUUAUGGAUUUCAUCUGUACAGAAUAUGUACAGAGUGUGGUACAUACAGAGUGUGGUACAUCAAAUAUCUAUACAGUGUGUGGAACAUACUUGUUUUCUCACUAAUUUUACUUUUUGUUCAUGUGACAAAUACAGUUGAAAUCGGAAGUUUACAUACACCUAAGUCAAGUACAUUUAAACUCAGUUUCUCACAAUUAUUGACAUUUAAUCCAAGUAAAAUUCCCUGUCUUAGGUCAGUUAGGAGCACUACUUUAUUUCAAGAAUUUGAAAUGACAGAAUAAUAGUAGAGAGAAUUGUUCAUUCCAGCUUUUACUUCUUUCAUCACAUUCCCAGUCGGUCAGAAGUUUACAUGUAUUUGGUAGCAUUGCCCUUAAAUUGUGUAACUUGGGUCAAACGUUUCAGGUAGUCUUCCACGUGCCCAUUCCUCCUUACAGAGCUGGUGUAACUGAGUCAGGUUUGUAGGCCUCCUUGCUCGCACAUGCUUUUUGAGUUCUGCCCACAAAUUUUCUAUAGGAUUGAGGUCAGGGCUUUGUGAUGGCCACUCCAAUACCUUGACUUUGUUGUCCUUAAGCCAUUUUGCCACAACUUUGGAAAUAUGCUAGGCAGGGUAGCCUAGUGGUUAGAGCGUUGGACAAGUAAACGAAAGGUUGCAAGUUCAAACCCCCGAGCUGACAAGGUACAAAUCUGUCGUUCUGCCCCUGAACAGGCAGUUAACCCACUGUUCCUAGGCCGUCAUUGAAAAUAAGAGUUUGUUCUUAACUGACUUGCCUAGUAAAAUAAAAAAUAAAAAUAAAUGCUUCGGGUCAUUGUCCAUUUGGAAGACCCAUUUGCGACCAAGCUUUACCUUCCUGUCUUGAGAUGUUGCUUCAAUAUAUCCACAUCAUUUUCUUCCCUCAUGAUGCCAUCUAUGUUGUGAAAUGCACCAGUCCUUACUGCAGCAAAGCACCCCCACAACAUGAUGCUGCCACCCCCGUCAGUUGGGAUGGUUUUCUUCGGCUUGCAAGCAUCCCCCUUUUUCCUCCAAACAUAACAAUGGUCAUUAUGGCCAAACAGUUCUAUUUUUGUAUGAUCUUUGUCCUCAUGUGCAGUUGCAAACCGUAGUUUUUUAUGGCAGUUUUGGAGCAGUGGCUUCUUCCUUGUUGAGCGGCCUUUCAGGUUAUGUCGAUAUAGGACUCGCUUUACUGUGGAUAUAGGUACUUUUGUUCUUUGCUGUUCUGGGAUUGAUUUGCACUUUUUGCACCAAAGCACGUUCAUCUCUAGGAGACAGAAUGUGUCUCCUUCCUGAGAGGUAUGACGGCUGCGUGGUCCCAUGGUGUUUAUACUUGUGUACUAUUGUUUGUAUAGAUGAACAUGGUUCCUUCAGGCGUUUGGAAAUUUCUCCCAAAGAUGAACCAGUCUUGUGGAGGUCUACCAUUUUUAUUCUGAGAUCUUGGCUGAUUUCUUUUGAUUUUCCUAUGAUGUCAAGCAAAGAGGCACUGAGUUUGAAGGUAGGCCUUGAAAAAAUCCACAUGUCAAUUAGCCUAUCAGAAGCUUCUAAAGCCAUGACAUAAUUUUCUGGAAUUUUCUAAGCUGUUUAAACGCACAGUCAACUUAGUGUAUGUAAACGUCUGACCCACUAGAAUUGUGAUACAGUGAAUUAUAAGUGAAAUAAUCUGUCUGUAAACAAUUGUUGGAAAAAUGACUUGUGUCAUGCACAAAGUAGACUGACUUGCCAAAACUAUAGUUUGCUAAGACAUUUGUGGAGUGGUUGAAAAACGAGUUUUAAUGACUCCAACCUAAGUGUAUGUAAACGUCCGACUUCAACUGUAUAUGUGGCAUUUAUGUAGGCAUACGGUAUUGUUGACAGAUGUUUUAUCUAUUUGCUUUUUGAAGAUUUUGCUAGAUAAACAACUGCACAUUAACUGUUCAGCCCAUUUAAGGAAAGUCCAAAUGUGCAUUUUAAAAUGUAUGCUGUUAUAGUUGUGUGUAGCUGCUUUCUUUGUGUGUAAUCGUUAAACUGAUGUCGAUGUUUAUUCUCCAGAAGACCGGUAAGGAGCUCUAACUUUUAAUAAAGUUAUCAUGCAUCUUAGAUGUUUGUCAAAAACA